CUCUUGAUUUUUGAAAGUAUCUAUUAGUUGAAAAUAUAUAUUGUGCCUCCUCCAUCAAAAGUAAGUUACUUAUAGUUAACUUCCUUUCGUUGGUUGACAGUCGCCUGCAACGCCGUCGUUGGCUGCAGUAAAUAGAGUAGUGUGGCACAGCGCAGAACUUUCACCUUUCUCAGCUUGUCUUCUGUCCCCGUAUGUGAGUCACCUUCACACCCUCUCCUUUUCUUUAGUUUCUUCAAUUGACUCGAGUUUCUGAUUGUAUAGUUACCGUCUAUUUUGCUCCUCUUUCUCUUGUCUUUGCUGUAUUAUUGUCUUGGCGUUCUGUUGCGCUGCUGUUCAUUGCUCUUCAACUUGUCUCAGCGCGCCAGACUCGGACUAUUUAAUCGCCUGGGCUUAUGUCUCAACAGAGGCCACAAGCUGUGCCGCCGGAUUAUCCAGAACCCUUAGAAGCACGCAGCUCUAUCGAACCUUCCGCCCUUCAGCCACAUGGCGUUGGAUCUAAUCCGAAAGACGACGACGACGACGACGACACCACAGGAAGCCCUGACCUUAAUGGAGAAUCCAGUUUCACGGAGAGCCAGCAAUUAGACGAAGACAUGGAUAGGACACGCGACGACAGCUCAUUGUCUGGCAAUGUGGCACAGACCAUGCUUCCCCGCGACAGACAGCGGAGGACAGCCACGUAUGACUAUGCGUACGAGAAGUCCCUGAGCCACGCGGAGGCAAAACUAUUCUACCAGCGACAUCAGCUCGAGUCCAAAUACGUGGACGGCGAAAUUCCCCAGAGCCCAGCUCUGUCUUCCCGGUCAACGACCGUGCCCGUCAUGCCAGCUGGGGAAGGUGAAGGCGAAUAUCUGAGCAGGCCAGCAAGCAUAGCAUCGCGCAUAAGUAGUCAAGGGAAUGCGCCAUUAGCACACGGUCAGCCUUCUGUCCCGGAAACACGCUCUGGCUACAGUCCGGUCUUAAGAUCCCAGCCCACCUCGCCUCUUCAGCGUAAACCCUCAGACGGUUUCACGACUCUGGAUCGACCGAGUCGAAAUAUUGCCCCACAAUCUUCGAUACCGAAUGAACCUAAACCACAUCUACCUUCUGCGGAAGGGGUAUAUGGGACUGGGGUUGGGACUGGGGCAGGAUUUGGUGCUACUCAAGGCCCUGGCGGGUUUGCGUCUAGCGACGAUGCAAUUACAGCUGAACUGCGCAUUAUUUGCCAGAAGAUCCAGGGUCUUCUGGAUAUGAGGCAGAAAUAUAUUCGACUCUCAUUGCAGACAUCGUCAGAUAACCCACGGGACCAACCGGGUUGGACUAUAUACCCUCCUCCACCUGAGCCGGCAUGGGAUGGUGAAACGUAUCCUCCUGGGACGGGAAGCAUGUCGAAUAGUAUGAUGAUAAGUGGAGCGCAACGCACUGCGACCAAUCCCAAAAGUGAAGCAGUACCUCCAUCCCCUGCCCGAAAGAAGCGAAAACUCGGCCAGGAUAUUGGCGAAGAUUUCUUCCUGGAGGAUCUGUUGCCAGUGCCGGGACCGUCGCAAAUGACCUUUGCACUUGACGAAAACAGUGUAUAUCAGGUUUACGAGAGUGAAGAAGCUUGCGAACAGAAGCAGCCUAUUUUCCAUAUUCCCUCCCUUCGAGAAUUUUACAUGGAUUUGGAUACCGUCACUGAAGUAUCCACUGACGGCCCAACUAAGAGUUUUGCUUUCAAGCGUCUAAGCUAUCUGGAGGGCAAAUUCCAACUUCAUGUGCUUCUCAACGAAUACCAGGAGAUGGCAGAUAGCAAAAAGGUACCCCAUAGGGACUUUUACAAUGUUAGGAAGGUCGAUACUCACGUCCACCACUCUGCCUGCAUGAACCAGAAACAUCUUCUGCGAUUCAUCAAGAGUAAGAUUAAGAAAUCGCCUGAUGAGGUCGUUCUGUUCAGAGACGGCAAGCACUUGACAUUGAGGGAGGUGUUCGAAAGUAUCAACCUGACGGCUUACGAUCUCAGCAUUGAUACGCUCGAUAUGCACGCACAUAAAGACUCGUUCCAUCGAUUUGACAAAUUCAAUCUAAAAUAUAACCCUGUCGGGGAAUCGCGCCUUCGAGAAAUCUUCCUCAAAACGGACAACUUCAUCAAAGGACGAUAUCUCGCGGAGAUCACUAAAGAAGUAAUCUCAGAUCUGGAAUCCAGCAAGUACCAGAUGGCGGAGUGGCGUAUAUCUAUUUACGGAAGAUCUCUAGAUGAAUGGGACAAGCUAGCCGCUUGGGUAGUUGACAAUAAGCUCUUUUCCCCGAACAUCCGCUGGCUGAUUCAAGUUCCCCGGCUAUACGAUGUCUACAAAUCUAGCGGGAUGAUGGAAAACUUCGAAGAAGUUAUCAGAAAUGUCUACCAGCCUCUGUUCGAGGUGACGAAAGAUCCGUCAAGUCAUCCCAAGCUUCAUAUCUUCCUACAACGCGUGGUUGGUUUCGACAGCGUUGACGACGAGAGCAAGCCAGAGCGUCGGUUGUUCCGCAAGUUUCCGAUUCCGAAAAAGUGGAAUACCAAGCAGAACCCACCUUACAGCUAUUGGAUCUAUUUCAUGUUUGCUAACAUGGCAUCGCUGAACAACUGGCGAAAGCAGCGGGGGUUCAACACCUUUGUGCUGCGACCUCACUGUGGUGAAGCGGGCGACCCGGACCACCUGGCCGCUGCGGUACUUUGUUGCUAUGGAAUAAGCCACGGUAUCCUGCUGCGCAAGGUACCAUUGCUCCAGUACCUCUAUUAUCUGGAUCAAAUUGGUAUUGCAAUGUCGCCAUUGAGCAACAAUGCUCUGUUCCUGACUUAUGACAAGAACCCAUGCGCUAGCUUCUUUAGGAGGGGUUUGAACAUUUCCUUAUCGACUGAUGAUCCCUUGCAGUUUGCUUUCACAAAAGAGCCGCUGAUCGAGGAAUAUGCUGUUGCCGCGCAGAUAUACAAAUUUAGCGCUGUGGACAUGUGCGAAUUGGCAAAGCAUUCCGUGGACCAAUGUGGAUUCGAACUUUCUCUCAAACAUCGAUGGUUGGGCCCGACAUGCCAUCGUCCCGGUGUGGAAGGCAAUAAUAUGGCGAAGAGUAAUGUCCCAGAUCUCCGGGAGCAAUUCAGGCAGGAGACAUUGCUCGGAGAGUUGACUCUAAUCGAAAGAUACGCAUCGGUCUUGUCUACUCCGGGAAUGCGACCAUCAUCGCAAUCACAAGCUUCCUUUACAUCUCCCGUAGCAUCACUAGGCCAAAUACCAGACUCCUUUCUCCCGCGCCCAGCAAUGUCUGUCCAGCAACCGAACCCCUCGGCCCCCAAUUUCCCGACAACUUCUGCUCGAUUCCCAACCUCCCACUCUAGCACGGACCUUCACUCCCAAAACCACCACCCACAAGGACAAGGACAUGGACAACCUGCAACUGCAGCGGCGUCGCCAAUACCAGACGCGAAUAUAAGCCGCUCUGCCUCCCUUUCUAAUACCCAGGCCAUGCACCACGUGCCCGCCCAAACCCCUGGCCCAUUCGCACAAGCGAAAGUACAAGGGUCCGCCGCUCCUUUCCCCACGGGCCCCUUAACAGCUGCUGGCACCGUACCUGAACAAGGGAUAUUCCCGGGAAUAGUGCACGCACACGUACGCCGUGGCACGGACCUAGGUAGCGGAGAGGCUGCUGUUGACGGCGCGGAUGGAGACGGUCCUCAUCAACACCAACACCAACAUGACCAACACCAACAGCAGGAGCAAGAUCUGGGUAAAGCGAACGGGAAGAAAACGAAUGUAUUUGAUGUCGGGAAUGGCGACGAGGAUGAGGAUGAGGAUGACGACGAUGAAGAUGGGGAGGACAGAGAGAAGGACUGGACGUGGGGGCCGGAUGGGGUUGCUGAGGAAGAGAGGUAUUAUCAUGACGACCACCACCACGAUGACGAUGAUGAUAGCGCGCUUCCCUGGGUAUAGAUUCAUAGAUGGAUAGAUGGAUCGAUGGAAUGGAAUGGAAUCCGAUGGUGUAGUAUGAUGGUGAUAUGAUUAUUUUUUUUGGUGAUUUUGGUAUAGUUUAUUAUAAAUUGGACUGGGAUUUAAGACUUGGUGAAUCGAAGGGGAGGGAUGGGGAUUUUCUGUCAUAUUCGAUUUUAUUUGGGGGCUUGCACUUCACCUUUCCCCCCUUUCUUAUUUUUUAUUUCUACUUUUGUUCAAGGUCAGGACGCCCCUAUAGGCUUCCCACUUGCCCUCUAUAUUUCCGUUGUUAACCCAGACCCAUUUUAUGGUUCAUGUUUUCAAAACACGCCGGUUCCCCCAUCCCCCUCUCCCACCCGCGGAGCGCUCUUGUUCUAAUCUUGUUCGAUUUUCAACAAUCUUCCAGAGAGGAGUCAGGGAAGGGGGAUGGAUACAAGGGGUGGAAGCUGGCUGAUUUGAUGGAAGCUAACGUGCAAAACUUUAGACCAGUGUUGUUGACUUUGUAAAGUCCUCGGGACCUUUGAAUGACAUAUAUGGAAUUUUUUUUUUUCUUCCCCUUCCCUUUCCAAAGCAACAGGCUCUGGGAGUGCAUGUCAGAGGAGAAACUCUACCAUGAACAGAGAAAUAUGAAUGAUUCUCGAUGCAGGCCGCAUAUAUAUGUACAAGAAAAGUAGAUGGUAAUUCAAUAGUGCGGAUAGAUUGAAGGAAAGGAAACAAACAAAUAUAUAAAUACCCCCAACUCACUCGCUCAGCUUUAGCUGACUAACUCUGUAUAAUUGCGCAAGUGCGGAAGGAAAAUGGAACACAUGCAAUGGGAAAAAAGAACUCAUCCCAUGAAAGAAGCAUCUAUCUAGCCGCCCACAAGAAAAAAAUAAAGAAAAAAGAGAAAAAAAACUGGCAAUUACAUAGACAUUGUAUUCUUUCAAAGAGGAAGCAACGGAAGAACAGGA